AUGACCGAACCAACACCCGUCCCGCCCAUCGAGCCCCCACCUGCACCAGACACCUCUCUCCCGCUACACACCCCGCCGCCGCCCUUCUCCGCCCAAAAUCUCGCGCAAAUAACCCAAGGUGCCGAAGCGCUCGUGUACAAAUCCACCUUCCUGACCCCCCACACGCCCUGCGUCGUCAAAUACCGCCCGCCCAAACCCUACCGACACCCCACGCUCGACAAGCGGCUCACAAAAGCGCGCCUUCUCGCCGAGGCACGGAGCUUGGUGCGGUGUCGGAAGGAGGGGGAUGAAUGGAGCUUGCAGGGAGAUGUGUACCUCAUCGACUUCGGCCUCACGACAGCGAGUAUCCAGGACGAAGACAAGGCGGUGGACUUGUACGUGCUGGAGCGCGCGUUUGCGGCGACGCAUCCCGCGGCGGAACCGCUUUUUCAGGAGGUGCUCAGGGCGUAUGGAGAGAGUUAUGGGGGCGCGAGGGGGGAAGGUCUUGGAUGUUUUGCUACGGAAGAACAAGAAUGGAACAUAACAAUCCUUGCUCUUUAG